AUGUCUGGCAAUCAGCAACGCGGACGCGGCGGUGGCCGUGGAGGAGGAGACGGCGGCCAGCGUGGAGGCCAGCGAGGCGGCGGAGGCUACCGUGGUGGCCGUGGAGACAGCCAGGCGCGCGGCGGCGGAGGACGGGGAGAUUUUCAGGGAGGUCGCGGAGGUGGCGGCCGAGGCGGCCGUGGAGGGGCGCCAAUGCAAGGACAGGGUGCACAGCUGGCCUUCAGGGGCCCGCCUCCAGGACGUGGGGGAAUCUACAUGUGAGUGAGGACUUCUUCCCUUGAAUUGGAUUGGCUGUUGACAGAUGUCUAGGGAUUCUCAGCAAGUUCCUCAGCCAGACGCGAACGUUCGUGCUGCUGAAGAUGCCUUGGUCAAACACACUCGCGACCAGAUAAUCGACGGCUUCCCGGGACGACGCGGCUACGGAACAAAGGGCAAAUCUAUUGUCCUUCGUACCAAUUAUUUCACCUUGACCACCGCUUUUGAAGCGAAGGAAAGGGAGAAGACUCUCUACCGUUACGAAGUGAAGCAUCGACAAGAUCUGAGCAAGCAAAAGCGUCGCCGUGUUUUUGACCAGAUCAUGAGGCACGAGGUCUUCUCCACCGUGAACUGGGCGACCGACUAUGCCAGUAUACUGGUAACGUCUGCCGAGAUUGAUGUGAGCAAGUUGAUGGAGGGCAAAGACAAGAAUGGGUGGAAGGACGUCACUCUACCUCCAGAGGAGAUCUCAAACGGGAACGGAAGUUCUUCUGGAAGUUCCUCUGGGAACGGCAAUGGCAACGGCAACGGCAACGGCGGCAAUGGCCAGGCGCCCGAAUUCGUCCGUGAAGCCAGACAACGCAACACGUUUGGAUUCAGCGUCGAAUACCAAGGUGGUCAUGACUUGCGCCAGAUCAUCCAGUACUUGCAAAGCCGGUCUGCGGGAGCUGCUUUCAAUGGCGGUGCCGACAUGGUCCAAAUGCUCAACAUCAUCCUCACCAAGGCCCCGAACGAGGCAAAUGCGGUCGCCAACGUUGGACAAAACAACUUCUACCCCUUUCAUGGCCAUCCGGGAGUGGAGCACUACGACCUUGGCGCUGGACUGGAAGCUCUUCGCGGAUAUUUCGCCUCGGUUCGCCCGGCAGUCAAUCGAUUGCUGGUGAACUUGAACGUCACAAGUGGAGCAUUCUACAAGCCGAUGCCGCUCAUCCAGAUGAUGGGGGAAUUCAAUGGCUCGCUCGAUCAGCGCGAAGCGUUCCUGCGCAUGCUGAAAGUCAAGGCCAGGUACAUCAGAGACGGAGAGACAAAACCUUUCAUGAGCAAACAGAAGACUAUUGUUGGCUUUGCAAAGGAACUCCGCCCACCUACCUUCCGGGUUAAGCGCUUUGGAAAUGCCAACGAAGUCAAGUUUCAAUUCGAAGACCGAAACGUCAAACCACCAAAGCGGAAGGAGAUCUCGGUGUUCGACUACUUUCGACAACAUCAUGGUAUCACCUUGAAGAGGCCUGAAAACCCGGUGCUGAACGUUGGUACACGUGCCGAUCCGCAGUACCUGCCUGCCGAACUUUGCGAAGUGUUCCCUGGUCAAGCCUAUCGUCGCCUCCUCAGUGGUGAUCAGACCUCCGAGAUGCUGAGGUUUGCGGCACGUUUCCCCAACCUGAACGCCAUGUCCAUUGCUGGCACUCCCAGCGCACCCGGAAAUGGGCUUAGACUCUUCCGUCUGGCGGAUCCUUCGGGCAAUCCUCAAGCCAACUCUGUACAGCCAUGGGGCUUCACUGUCGGCACGGACAUGAUCACCGUCCCGGGUCGCAUCCUUGCCAGUCCGCAGAUCAGCUACGGAAGCAAAAGCAUUCAACCACGGGGCGGGUCGUGGAAUUCUGCCGAUGUCAAGUUCAGCAAGCCUGGCAAGUUCAACAGAUGGCAGGUCCUCGUCAUCAACCGUCAAGGUCGCAAUGCUCUCCAGGCUCCACCGGAACCUCUUAUCGGCAAUUUCGAAGGCUUUCUGAAGAACUACGGCAUCAGCAUGGGCCAACGUGGGCCAACUCAGACCCUCAACUUGGACGCGCUCACCGUACCCAACCGCGCAAGCAAUGAUCGACAACUGAACGCGACAUUUGCCAAAGCCAAAGAAAACCGCGUUGACAUUUUUCUCGUCAUCAUUCCGGAGCAGGACAAAUGGCUCUAUGCCCGCAUCAAAUACUUCGGGGAUGUGGAGCACGGCGUCCACACCAUCUGCUCUAUUGGCAGCAAGAUCUCCAAGCCACAGGGACAGGGCAUGUACUUCGGCAAUCUCGCUUUGAAGUUCAACUUGAAGGGUGGCGGUGUGUCGCACACGGUGGCCAACACUGUCACGAAGCCGAUUGACAACAACACCAUGCUUGUCGGUAUUGAUGUCACCCACCCUUCUCCUGGCAGUUCCGAAGGAGCACCCAGCAUCGCCUGUGUUGUCGCCAGCGUCGAUCCACAAAUGUUUCAGUGGCCCGGUUCCAUUCGGACUCAAACGGGACGACAAGAAAUGGUUGCUGCACUGGAAGACAUGGUUCAUGAGCGUUUGGAUGUGUGGCAGAAGAAGAACGGUCGUCUGCCAUCCAAAAUCGUCAUCUACCGUGAUGGUGUUUCCGAAGGCCAGUACAGCACGGUAUUGGAGAAUGAGCUGCCCGCGUUUCAAAAGGCCUUCCAGAAGCGGUACGGCGCAGAGCAGAAGUGGCCAAAGAUUGCGAUCAUCAUCGUCGGCAAGAGGCAUCACACUCGCUUCUACCCCACCCGAAAGGAGGAUGCGGACUACAACCCUCAGAGAGAAAAGGGCUCGUGGAAUCCGCAGCCUGGCACCGUCGUCGACCGCGGCAUCGCGAACAAGGUUCUCCGGGAGUUCUGGCUGCAGGCUCACCAAGGACUCCAGGGCACAGCUCGCCCGGCGCACUACGUUGUCAUUAAAGACGAGCUGUCAUUCGAGGCAGAUGAGAUGGAACAGUUCACGCAUCAUCUCUGCUACCUCUUCAACCGUGCCACGAAAGCAGUCUCGAUCUGCCCACCCGCUUACUACGCCGACCUGCUCUGCGAGCGUGGCCGUGCGUACCUCUUCAGUACCCUGGCAGAGAGCCAAACCAGUGACUCUUCCGCGUUCGACGCCAACACCGAAUGGUCCGGCAACGUCCACCCUCGCCUGGGACAGGUCACUUGGUACGUCUAA